GAGCCUUUCCCGGUGGCUGGGUGCACGCGGGUGAAUGAAAGACUGUGACUCGCGCGCUGACCGCGGGGAACGGCGGCUGCCUCCUCGGGUCUCGAGUCGGCUGCUCGCAGAGCCCUGCAACCCCCGGCGCUGAGCGGGGCGUCUCCGGGGGAAUAGCUGGUGCGCGCUGACUUCGCUGAGAGCAAAAGUCGAGGUGGAACCAGCCCUGAGUUCGGUGGGUUUGGACGGGCGGGUGGUUCUCAUUUAGAAAUUCCCAUCGGGAGGAAAUCUGCCUGCAGCGGCAGGUGCACCCUUGAUCUACAUUCACUGACGGUCACGAUGUGUCUCGCUUGUCGUUCUGGAUGUCGAUUCUUGUGAUGAUGAGCCAGUGAGGGGCAGAUUGCAGACACUCACUUCACCCCUUAAACAUGCGCCUCCUAAGAACGAGGGCUGUCUCCUUCCAAAACAGAAAGAAACUCCAUUGUCCACCCGAGAAAAUCAGAUUCCUCCAGUUCCCCAGAAAAGUAUCUAUGAGGGAAGAAUCAGGGGUUUUUUUUUGGAGCUAGCAUCGAUCCGCACAAGACCACACGUUGCAUGUUGUUUUCCAAUCUCUUUAUUACGCCCAAAACAUUUCCCUGCAUUUCUCAAAAUUUAAUUUUGAUUGUUGAAGAUUCCAGGAGAGCUAUACAGGGGUUGUCAAAAGUAGGCUUACAGCUGUCCGCGGCGUUCUUUUGAGUCAGUAAAGCUGUUGUAAUAAUCAUAACAUUCGCGUCUCUUUCCGUACUGAAACUGUAAAGCUGUUUUUGCCAACCCCUGUAUUGUAAGAUGUCUGCGUUCUGAUGCAAUGCUGUUUCCUGUGAUUUUGUUUGACUUGUCUGCCUCUUGGAGUUCUUGUGAAGUACAUGUCGGAUCCGGAGCAGUAUUCUGUAAUACAAAUACAAUGCAAGAUGACUAAUGACUGCUGCCUAAAGAUUGAAAGUAUGAGGCAAGACUUCCCAUUACUACUUAAUCAAGAGGAAUUGAAUUUGAAACAUACUCUCUUAAAGAGACUUUGGGAACAAGAAGUGUUCAGGCAGGUUCCUCUAUCAGACUCACAGGAUGCUGGCCAUUGAUCUUUCUCCUUGUGCUCUGCUUGCUCAGAACUCUGCCAGGUGAGGAGGGAGACACAGAAAGGGAAGAAUGGGUGCAGGAUUGCUGACAUCUUGGUCACAGGACUUGGUGACCUUUGAGGAAGUAGCGGUGGACUUCUCUCAGGAGGAGUGGGCACUCCUGAACUCUGCUCAGAAAAUCCUGUACAGAGAUGUGAUGAUGGAGAACUUUAGGAACCUGGCCUCUGUGGUUUCAGGCUGGGCUACUCAACUUAAAUCAAAACAUUCAAUUGCUAUGCAGAAUGUUCCUGAGGAAAAAACUUCUAACGGCAUAAAAAUGGCACCAACUCACCCUGGUGAGAAACCUUUGGAAUUUGAUCACUAUGGAAAAUUCUUCAGAAAGAACUGUCACCUUAUUUGUACAAGAUAUUGGAAGGGACAGAAAUGCUACAAAUAUAAAGAAUACAGGAAAGAUUUUGACCAUUUCUUAACUCUUAGGAGUCAUAUGAGUACUCACUCUGAAGACAACAUUUCUGAAUUUAUUGACUGUGGCAGAGUUUUCAAUCUAGAGUCAUCCUGUAGGGAACACUCAAGAACUCUCACAGGAGAGAAAUCUGAGUGUAAUCAAUGUCUUCUGUCCUUCAGCUUACACUCUUCCUUUUCAGGACAUGUGCAAAACCCUAUUGGAGAGAAACUCUGUGAAUGCAGUGACUAUGGACAAAGACCUUCCCUUAGAGUGCACAAAAACUCGUGUACUGAGAAGGGAAGCUUAAAAUGUGAUAAACAUGGGAAGGUUUUUACUGGCCCCUUGUCCCUUCAGAAAUGUGAGAGACUUCACACUGCAGAGAAACCUUAUGAAUGUAGUGACUGUGGGAAAAUAUUCAUUUUUCACUCUUCCCUUAAGAAACAUGUGAGAUCACACACUGGAGAGAAGCCUUAUGAAUGUAAUCAUUGUGGAAAAUUCUUCAGCCAGAGCUCUCAUCUUAAUGUGCACAAAAGAACUCACACUGGAGAGAAACCCUAUGACUGUAAGGAAUGUGGCAAGGCUUUCACUGUUCCUUCCUCCCUCCAAAAACAUAUGAGAACCCACACUGGAGAGAAGCCCUAUGAAUGCAGCGACUGUGGGAAAGCCUUUAUUGAUCAGUCAUCCCUUAAGAAACAUCAACGCUCUCACACUGGAGAGAAACCUUAUGAGUGUGAUCAAUGUGGAAAAUCCUUCAGCACGGGCUCUUAUCUUAUUGUGCACAAGAGAAUGCACACUGGAGAGAAAACCUAUGAAUGUAGAGAAUGUGGGAAGGCCUUUAGGAAUUCCUCUUGCCUGAGGGUACAUGUGAGAACUCACACAGGAGAAAAGCCCUAUAAAUGUAUUCACUGUGGAAAAGCAUUCAGCACCAGCACUAACCUUAUAAUGCACAAGCGAAUACAUACCGGGCAAAAACUUUAAGAAUGAAAUGACUACAGGCUAGCUUUAAAUGGCCCUUCACACCUCAUUCCUCACUCUAGAACUCACACUGGAGAGAAACCUCAUUGUGACCAAUGGUGAAAGCCUUUAGGCACAACUCUCGACUUAACCUUAUACAGGGAGCAACCUUGUAAGUGUUACAGUUCUGUGAUUGUCUUUAUCAGUGAGUGUUUCAUCCUUAAAGUUUGACAACUCAUUAAUUGAGUAUUAAAUGUAAUGUAGCAUUCUAAAUUUCCCUUGAUUUACAUCACAGAAGUUUUGAUCGAUAAUGUUUUCAUUGUAAUUUAGUACUUAAUAUUGUCCAAUUCUCAUCAAGAUGUCUUGGAUCUAUACAAGAUUCUUGGAUUUAGAAAUGUAUUUUAGUGUGAAAACUGCAUAUUUUAAUUAUUUUUUAGUUAUAGAGUUCUAAUUUAAUUUUAUUGUGCACUCAAUAUAUGGUCUUCAUGAUAUAGAUUCUAAAUUACAUAUACUCAGAUAGAAAAUGGUUGGAGAUUUGCUUUGUGGCCUAAUGUGUCAGAUAGAACCAGUUGCUGUUCCAUAUUCAUUGCUCCCUUCCUUAAAGUAACAGAACUACAAUUGUGUUCAGGUUGGCAGUGUGGACAGUUUGUUAAGGAAUUAUCUAGCUUUCCUUGUAGCUAUGAGUGCCCAUGAGCCCACAGCCCUGGCCAAUGAGAAAGAGUGAGAGCUGCUCCUGGGUUUUAAAAAGAAACCCAUGAAAUGGGAGCAUCUCAUCUGGUAUUUUCUCAUAACAUUUUCCAUUUAUCUUAUCUCUUCUUCUUUCUUAGGAAAUAAACCAAAAGGAUGGCAGUCAUAGGCUACUGAUUAUACAGCAAGGAAAUACAAUAGUAUUUGGCUGUACCAACCCUGGGUUGCUUGUUUCUGGACUUCAUGUAACAUGAAAAAAAAAACAAAACAAAAGCUCCAAACUGGUUUAAACCACUCUUGUGGGAAGAUUCUGUUACAACAGAUUUCACUCUCAAUUGAUAGAUCUCAUAUGUGGCCAGGUUUUAUGAAUCCUUCAAGUAUAGUUGAAAACAAUGUAUAUUCUGUAAUCAUCAGGUAUAAUAGAUUUAUCUGAUAGAUAAACCUUACUCUGUUUAUUAAAUCUGUAUCGUUACAAACCUUAUCUCCUGGUCAACCAAUGGUUGCUGAUACCAUUAUGCCAAUAGGAAUUCCCAGUUUGGGGUAUAGCAAAGAAGGAAAAUUUAUUUAGUACAAAACAGCUCCAUUGUGAAAUAGCACAGCUGUGGAAUACCUUACUACUGUUAUACCUCAAUUAUGAAGCAGCAGGACAGCAUGGCUGUUUAGAGGCUCUGGGGCUAGGUGGCCCUGGGGCAAGGCCCUGCUCUGGCUAGGCAGCUCUGUCCUGCUCUGUUCUACCUCACUCAGCCCCUGUGCUGGUAUGCUCAGCUCUGCUCCAGUGAGACACUUUCCAAGUUUUAGCUCCAGCAAGUCUUGUCAUUUUUUUAAAAAAAUUAUUUUAUUGGUUUUUUACAGAGAGGAAGGGAGAGGGACAGAGAGUUAGAAACAUCGAUGAGAGAAACAUCGCAAGUCUUGUCUUCAGGGGAAUGGGGAAGUGUCCUCCCAGAGGCAGAGAGGACUUGACUUACAUAGACAGAAGUCCCUGUCCCUGGUCCUUGAUUAAUCCGCCCUCAUGCAAAGGAGGACUCCAAAUCCUUGCAGUUUGACUGGUCUAAAAAGCACUGCCCUGACUGGUCCCAAGGGAGCUAUUCUGAUUGGUCAGUGAAGAUGUUGAUGAAUAUGGCUGCACAGCUCCUAUUGGAUGGGAAAACCUCAGUCUUAUUGGUUGAAAUAGGACUCCAGGAAUUCCUCUGUGAGGACUGGCUUGCAGAAACACAGCGCAGGAAGGCAGUCCAGUGCAGAGGCAGGCAGCUUAAUGUAGGCUUCUCCCUAAAGUGUGGUUUGUGUGAGAAGACUCUGUAUAGAAAUGGCUGCUAGGCUCUGUUUAAAAAAUUAAGCCCAGUUAAGCCACCAGGAGCCCUUCUUAGUAGGUAUCUUCUUUCUUAGGGUCCACACAACUUACCCUCAAGUAGUUCACCAAAAAAUGUAUGUCUUUAGAGAGGGAACCAACACAUAAAAUGCUAAAAUGGAUAAAUCUACUUUAUAGUCCUGGGCCAGUUGUGGGAUAGGCACAGAAUCAGCAAGGAAGUGUGCACUCCUGUGGAUUGGCUGUGGGCAACAGAUUGGAAAGUGCAUGCAUAGAUAAGUGGAAGCUCCUGGGGUUCAAUGGUGCCUGGAUAUUCUCUCAUUUGUUUAGUAGUGGAAAUAGCCAUGUGGAAGUUAAUCUAAAGUUCCAACAGACAGACAGGAAUGGGGGCAGCCUUUUGUCAGAGCUGGCCCAGAGCUAUUAACAGGCUAACUAUUUUGUCUUUUUCUCUCAUUCUCUGGUGUUGUAAUUUAAUUUAGAGCAUCUCAAUUUUUUUCUUGUUGGUUUCAGAGUUAGGAAUUUCUUCCUGAGGGAUGUGUUAAAUGUUACAAGGACCCUAGUCCUCAGAAUCAGAUAGGAAAAAAAAAAAAUGAAGUGAAUGAGAGAGGUCCCUAUUUCUAGAAAGAGACAUUGCAAUUUCAUUAGUGACAUUGCUACUGUAGAAUCAAGCAUUUUGAAAAUAUCCCUUAGUAUUUCUUGGGUACAUGAUGUCACUGCUGACCUCAACGAGAACAAAUGUGAUGGAGGCAGAAAGAUGCCAGAUGAGUUGAAGAGAGUGGAAAUGGAAAGUAUAGACCUAUUUUUUUUUAAAUCCACCAAGUAAAUUUGAAGAACUAAUAGGCUUUAUUGAGUGAUAAAGGAAUCAGCCAGCAUCCCAUCCAACAACCAGAAGGGUUGUGCAAGUGGAGGUUUUAUUAGGGGAAAGGGUGAGGCAAAUGAGUCAUUAGCAAAAAAGGGGGGAGGUAUUUUAAGCCAAGCCAUCUUCUUUUGGGAGAAGGGAACUGCAAAGUCUAACUAUCAAGGUCUUAACACAAGUGACCCCAUUUUAGGACUGUGGUUUUCUCAUUAAUAGCCGCAAUAUCAAAAAAUUUGGAACAGUACCCAAAGAAAAAUGUUUCAUUUUCAUUGAAAGAUAGGAGGAUGUAGAAGAUUCCUAUGACAUUAGACAUGAUCAUAUUGCAUGCAAACUUUGGGGAAAAACUGGAUAAGGAAGGAAAAAGUGAUAGUGUAAAUUCCCUGGAACAUUCAGAAGAGAUGGAAUAAUUAUACAAAUAAUUAUUGAAUGACAGUGGUGGUUAAUGUUGUGAUGGCAUAGUUUCCAAUGAGAGCAUAUAGUUUCCAAUGAGGCCCUAUAACUGAGAACUGAAGAAUCCUGGGUGAGAUUCAGCCAAGCAUCAGCUUGUCGAACUGCCAAUUCCCGAAGCAGCAACUUCUUCUCAUUCUAUACAAUUACUUUAUUUACACUGCCACCCAUGCAGACGGAUGGACACCAGACCAAUAUAAUUGACCUCUGAGAUAAUAGGUCCUGUAGACCCCUCAACUCAAAAUUAAACUGACAUUUUUCCUCCCUAAAAUGUUGCUUUUCCUUUUAUUACCAUCACUGUAAAAGCUACACCAUUAACUCUGGCACCCAUGCAUUUGUUUCCAGUGGUUCUCAAUGAGGCUGAGUUUGCCCCUACAGGACAAUUGGCAAUGUCUGGAGAUGUUUCUGGUUGUAACAGUACAGAGUUGGCAUCUAGUGGGUAGUCCACAGGAACCUCUUAAAAAUCUCACAGAACAUGAGACAGCUACUCACAAAUAAUUAUAUAGACCAGAAUGUCAAUAUUGUCAUGGAUUAGAAAUGCUAAUAGACUCUUGAGAACUAAUGCUAAAAUUUUUUUCUAAAAAAUCCCAGCCAUCGUCUACUAUUUUAUAAUGAUAUUAAAAAUAUUAUCUGAAAGAAA